UUUAUUGGAGUUUCUGAAACUCACCUACGUUUUUUAUUUUGUGGAAUUAGGGUUUAUUGUGUGAUUCAUCUGUAAGUACUGAACAGUCUGAACUUGAUUGUUGAUGUACUUGCAUUUCUAAGAGGGAAUUGCUGUUACGUUGCCCUAGAGUAUGGAAUCAUGGGCCAUUUUUUGUGAUUAUUGAUGGAUUUAAUUGCGCAUUCAUGGUUGGCACUUCUGUUUGGCAUUUUUUAUUUUUUAUUUUUUGAAUGAGUUUAACAGAGAUUGGCAAUCACCAGAAAGGAUUCUAUGAAAUCGUGGGGAAGAGUCUCUGAAAAUUUUACCUUUUUGGCCAACUAAUGGCACAAGCUUUGAGUUAACUUUGUUAUUGUGACUUGGUUUCAUAAUAUGCUCAUUUACUGUUUUACAUAAUAUGUCCACAGGCUCCACAGGAAGGCGCGGGGGAGGAGAAAAAGAGGUGGACUCUCAAUGAUUUUGACAUUGGAAAGCCGCUUGGGAGAGGAAAGUUUGGUCACGUCUAUUUAGCUAGGGAAAAGAGGGUAAAGUGACAUUUUUUCUUUAACAUGUGGAAUAUAUUUCCUUGAUCAUAUAUUAGAUUUAAGACAAGAUACCUUUUUCUGGUUUUUUUUAGUUAUAUGUGAAACUGAAAGUGAAUAUUUUGCUCUUCAUAUAGUUGGACAGUUGGUUCGAAUGUUCUGCUAUGUAGUGGCUCAUUAAGCAUGUUAUAUACUUUUAUGGCUACUUUGAUAUGUGUUGGCAUUCUUCUGAGGUCUCAUUUUCUAUACUUGAAACUCGAAUGAAAUUUAAACUUGAAGGUCAUGAAUUCUCUGAUCUUUAUAUAGUUUGUUUUAAAUCCUCUCGUAUGCAGUAAUGUAGAAGCUCGUCACUCAGUAUCUAUGGCUACUAUGAAAUGGAAUGGCAUUCUUACAAGAGCAAUCAUAUUGUGGCACUAAAAGUUCUGUUCAAGACCCAGUUAAAACAAUCCCAGGUUGAGCAUCAACUUCGCCAUGAAGUUGAGAUACAAAGCCACUUCAGGCAUUCAAAUAUACUGAGACUUUAUGCCACUGAGACUUUAUGCCUACUUUUAUGAUCAGAAAAGGGUGUAUUUGAUUCUGGAGUAUGCAGCAAAGGGUGAAGCUCUACAAGGAAUUGCAGAAAUGCAAAUAUUUUAGUGAAAGGCGUGCUGCUACCUAUGUUGCAUCAUUAGCUCGAGCUCUCAUAUACUGCCACGGAAAACAUGUUAUACACAGAUAUCAAACCAGAAAAUCUUUUGGUUGGUGCUCAAAAUAUGUUAUACACAGAGAUAUCAAACCAGAAAAUCUUUUGGUUGGUGCUCAGGGUGAACUUAAAAUUGCUGAUUUUGGUUGGUCUGUGCACACAUUCAAUCGCAGACGGACUAUGUGUGGAACACUUGACGACUUGCCUCCUGAGAUGGUGGAGAGUGUUGAGCAUGAUGCAAAUGUUGACAUAUGGAGCCUUGGCGUCCUCUUCUACGAGUUCCUCUAUGGAGUGCCACCCUUUGAAGCUAAGGAACACUCAGACACUUACAGAAGGUACUUGAGCAUCCCUGGAUCAUCCAAAAUGCCGAUCCGUCUGGAGUUUAUAAGGGUUGAUUGAUUCAUUCCCCCUCCCUUUGUCAUCUUUGGGUCAUCCAAAAUGCUGAUCCAUGUGGUAUUCUUAUUAAGGUUUGAUUGAUCCCGUCUCAUCAUCUUUUAAUGGCUGCCAAGUUAUUCAUUUGGUUUCUGGUGUAAACAUAUUUGUCCAUUGGUGAUUUCAAUGUGGACUUGAUUGUAGCAAGUUACCAU